AAUGCGGAACCGGCGCGCGGGCUGAGCUGCUCAGGAUGGCGCAGGGGCGGCGGCGGCGGGCGGCCUGCGCGGGGCCCUAGCGCGGCUGGGCGGACGCUCCCCACCCGGCGUCGCGGGGGGCGGCAACGCGGCCAUGGCCAAGGAGCGGCGGAAGGCCGUGCUGGAGCUGCUGCAGCGGCCGGCGAACGCGCGCUGCGCGGACUGCGGCGCCCCGGAUCCUGACUGGGCCUCAUACACCCUAGGGGUGUUCAUCUGUCUGAGCUGCUCUGGAAUUCACCGAAACAUCCCUCAGGUCAGCAAGGUGAAGUCCGUCCGCCUGGACGCCUGGGAGGAUGCCCAAGUGGAGUUCAUGAUCUCCCGCGGAAACCAUGUCGCCAGAGCCACAUUCGAGUCCAAAGUGCCCCCCUUCUACUACCGGCCCUCGGCCUCCGACUGCCAACUCCUGCGGGAACAGUGGAUCCGGGCCAAGUACGAACGGCAGGAGUUCACCCACCCCGAGCGGCAGGAACCCUACUCCGCAGGGUACCGAGAAGGUUUCCUCUGGAAGCGCGGCCGGGACAACGGGCAGUUCUUAAGCCGGAAGUUUGUGCUGACGGAACGCGAGGGGGCGCUCAAGUAUUUCAACAGAAGUGACGCCAAGGAGCCCAAGGCCGUCAUGAAGAUCGAGCAUCUGAACGCCACCUUCCAGCCGGCCAAGAUCGGUCACCCGCAUGGCCUGCAGGUCACCUACCUGAAAGACAACAGUACUCGAAACAUCUUCGUCUACCACGAGGAUGGCAAGGAGAUGGUGGACUGGUUCAAUGCGCUCCGCGCUGCCCGCUUCCACUACCUGCAGGUGGCCUUCCCAGGCGCCAGUGACGCAGACCUGGUGCCGAAGCUGUCCAGGAACUACCUUCAGGAAGGCUACAUGGAGAAGACGGGGCCCAAGCAGACGGAAGGCUUCCGCAAGCGCUGGUUCACCAUGGACGACCGCAGGCUCAUGUAUUUCAAGGACCCCCUGGACGCCUUCGCCCGCGGGGAGGUCUUCAUCGGCAGCAGGGAGAGCGGCUACACAGUGCUGGACGGGCUCCCACCGUCCACCCAGGGCCACCACUGGCCGCACGGCAUCACCAUCGUCACGCCAGAGCGCCGGUUCCUACUAGCCUGCGAAACGGAGUCGGAGCAGCGGGCGUGGAUGGAGGCCUUCCGGAAGGUGGUGGACAGGCCCAUGCUGCCCCAGGAGUACGCAGUGGAAGCCCACUUCAAGCACAAACCCUAGCACGAGACGGUCCUGGAG